CCAUGGGCAGCAGGAUCCCCCAGACUUACGCUGCCAAGGUGGAGGCCGCCGUCAACCGCCUAGUUAACCUGCAUCUGCGGGCCUCCUCCACCUACCUCUUUCUGGGCUCUUAUUUCGAAGGUGACGAUGUGGCUGUGGAGGGUGUGGGCCAUUUCUUCCGCGAGUUGGCUGAGGAGAAGCGUGAGGGCGCCCAGCGGCUCUUGAAGUUUCAAAACCAGUGGAGCGGCUGCGCCCUCGUCCAGGACGGGCAGAAGCUGUCCCAAGAUGAGUGGAGUGGCAGCGUGGAUGCCAUGGAAGCCGCCAUAGCCCUGGAGAAGGACCUGAACGAGGCCAUUUUGGAUCUGCAUGCUCUGGGUUGUGCCAACACAGAGCCACAUCUCUGUGCCUUUCUGAAAAGCCACUUCCUCGAGGAGGAGAUGAAAGUCAUUAAGAUGAUGGGCGACUACCUGACCAAUCUCCGCAGGCUGGCCGGCGCCGAGGCCGGGCUGGGCGAAUAUCUCUUCCAAAGUCUCAGCCACAAGCACAACUAGGAGGUUCCGGAGCCCAGCAGCCUUUGAGCGACUCCUCUGCAUUGCCCUGGCAUCGGGAUU